UGCAGAAGCAUACAUAUAUAUCCAACUCCCUCAAGCAAUCCGCCUUAUAUGUUAUCUUCUAUAUUGUAAACUUCAUUGUGAAUAGGGCGUUAUCUGGCCUAUUCUUGCAAGCAAGCAAGAAAUCACAUUAUUACAAUUUGUUUUCUUUUGCUCUCAUUGAUUUGGUGUAGUACUUUCAAGCUUCAGCAUGAUCUUUUCUUGGAGACACAAGAGAGCAAAUCGCCGCGGCCAGGCUAGGAAAAAUGAGGCUUUGGAGGGGAAUUGUGACUUAGAACUCACGAUUCCAAAACAUUUUCAGUGCCCGAUUUCUCUUGAUCUAAUGAAGGAUCCUGUGACAUUGUCAACCGGGAUCACAUAUGAUCGAGAGAACAUCGAAAGAUGGAUUGAGGCUGGCAAUCAAACUUGUCCCGUGACGAACCAAGCCUUGAAGAGUUUUGAUCAAAUCCCAAACCAUUCCAUAAGGAGGAUGAUUCAAGAUUGGUGUGUUGAGAAUAAAUCUUAUGGAGUAGAAAGGAUACCAACGCCCAGGAUUCCGAUAACCCCUUAUGAGGUUUCGGAGAUCAGCUCGAAGAUUGUAGCUGCUACAACUCGUAAAGAUGGAAACAAGUGCCAAGAAUUGGUGGGAAAGAUCAGAAAUUUGGCGAAAGAAAGUGAACGUAACAAAAAACGCGUAGUCGAAAAUGGAGUUGGCUAUGUUUUAUCCUCUUCAUUCGAGACUUUCGCGGGCGAUUCGAUGGAGAAACACGAAGUUUUACUAAAGGAGAUCUUGUCUGCAUUGACAUGGAUGUUCCCACUUGGGAUUGAAGGCCAAUCCAAGCUAGGUUCAUCGGCGUCCUUACGUUGCAUUGCAUGGUUUUUGCACGGCGAAGAUUUAUCCACACGACAACAUGCAGUAAUGGUACUCAAAGAGUUGCUUGCAAAUUCUUUAGACCAUCAAAUUUCCGAUGGACUAAUAGAAAUUGAAGGCAUUUCUGAAGCUUUGUUCAAGAUUUUGAAAGUCCCAAUUGGCCCUACAGCCACAAAAGCUUCUCUAAUGGUCACAUAUUACAUGUUACAAUCUGAAAAGAGUGAGAAGUUGGCAUCAAGAUUUGUUGAGAUGGGCUUGGUUUCUUUGGUGGUAGAAAUGCUUGUUGAUGGAGAAAAAAGUACAUCAGAGAAGGCGCUUGGAGUUUUGGAGGCCAUAUGCAAUUGGGAAGAAGGAAGAGAAAAGGCGUGCAGCAAUGCUUUGACUAUGCCAUUGCUGGUUAAGAAAAUUUUGAGGGUUUCAGAAAUGGGUACAGAAUUUGCCGUCUCAACUUUGUCGAAGCUUUGUAAAGAGGUUGAAGAUGAAAAUCCUGUGAUUGAAGCAUUGGAAGUUGGUGCUUUUCAGAAGCUUUUGGUUGUUUUACAAGUUGGAUGCGGUGAAAAUACCAAAGAGAAAAUCACUGAACUGUUGAAGUUGAUGAAUCUUUACAGAAAUAGAAUAGAUUGUUUUGAUUCAUUAAGCGGUUUCAAGUAUAUUCAGAGGCCAUAUUGAUUACUGAACUAGAUAAUUUUUGCAGAAAUUAGGCAAAUGUAUAGGAUAUACAAUAUAUAUAUAUAUAUAUUACACUACA